CAUAUUUAUAUGAGAGAAGCGUUAAUUUCCACUAGGGUUUCUGCUAUUUGAUCGACUCCGGCGGUUCCUCAGUCAUUCUCUCAAUCCUUGAAGAUUCAUUCAGCAUCUUCCAACAAUGGCAGAACAGACGGAGAAGGCUUUUCUGAAGCAACCCAAGGUCUUUCUAUGCUCGAAGAAAACAGGGAAAGGAAACAGGCCUGGAAAGGGUGGGAAUCGCUACUUUAAGAGCGUUGGUCUUGGAUUCAAGACUCCAAGAGAAGCCAUUGAAGGGACAUACAUUGACAAGAAAUGCCCGUUCACUGGAACUGUCUCUAUCAGGGGACGUAUUCUUGCUGGAACAUGUCACAGUGCUAAGAUGAACAGGACGAUUAUUGUUCGUCGUAAUUAUCUUCACUAUGUCAAGAAAUACCAAAGGUAUGAAAAAAGACACUCGAAUAUCCCUGCUCAUAUUUCCCCAUGUUUCCGUGUUAAGGAAGGGGAUCAUGUUACCAUUGGCCAGUGCAGGCCUAUUUCAAAGACAGUUAGGUUUAAUGUGUUGAAAGUGAUACCAGCUGGAUCUUCUGGAGUUGGUGGAAAGAAAGCAUUUGCUGCCAUUUAAGUUAUUUUUUAUCCCUUUGUUUGUUUAGUUUUCAACAUUUCAGUGGAUUCAUUGUUAUGUUUUAUUUGUUUUGUUUUUUGUUCUGAGUACUUUCAUUGUAUUUCAAGAUCCAUUAGUGUUUUGAGUUGAACAAUGACAAUCUUUGACUAUGAAAAUUUGUGCGCUGGUGUCUAUUUUUAUAUUGAUGAAGAUUCAAAAUUUGAAAUGCUUACAU